UGAGUGGCUAUGUAUUCCUUUGUGCGCUGUAAUGUGUCAACUGAAUGUUCAAACAACUGCUUGAUGUGAAGAUAGGAGCUGCUUCGAUCACUUCCUUCCACAGCGGCUUCCAAGACCUCCGCUUUGGCGAGUGCAGCUGCUGCGUCCUGCUCCAGUAAGAGCAUGUCCAUUUUAGCUUCUAGUUGUGCUUUUUCCACUUUGAGUGCCAUUUCUCUUUGUGCAAAAGACAGACGUACUUUUGCUGCCUCUGCUUUUUCGCGUGCUCUGGCAGCUGCAGCCUCGGUGGAGCAAGCUUGUGACCUCAUUGACGCACGUGAAGUGGUAGAUUUUGUCCGUAUUGAGCUUUCUGUGCAAUCCAUCAUUUGUUCUUGUGUAUGCUGUCUUAUCUUCUGUGUUAAAGACAUUGUUUUACUGUGCCGCCCUCGAUAUGUAGAAAUAUCUUUGCUUUACCCUAACACGUUUUCUUGAUCAAACACUCUGAAAAACGUCUUCUAGUCCACAGGUUUAUUGACCGUAAAAAGGGUAAAACUGAAAGCAUACAAGCAGAAAGGAUGCUUACAUUACAGACAUGCACACACAGCCACUUACACACACAAGUAUGCUACAAUAAAACAUGAAUUAUGCUGUGUAUUGAACUUAAAUGGAUAAAUACAUGCCACAAAAGAUGUAAUCUAAGUGCUCUAUAGCAAACUAGCUUACUAUGUUAACAUUCACUUCACUGUAUGAAUUGCGAAAAUUAGCAUGACUGACUUUUGGCCAUAAAACGUCCCAAAUUACACCACAGCCAACAAAUAAUGGAACUCAAUCAAAUAUUAACAUACUACUCAACGAUACAUACCGAUGAUACUUUGUUUGGCAUGAGAUUCGAGCAAAUGAACACGUUUGCAAUCGUCACCGAACUAGCAUGAAGUAGACUUGAAAGGAACUACUUGUUGUCCCCUGUUAACAUGGACAUUAAUGUAAACUAGGCAAUGCUGCCUCCUGCUGUCUAAAGGAGGAAGUGCACCUCACUAUUGAAUUUCAAAGUGAACUUAAAGGGGAACAUUAUCACCAAACAUAUGCAAGCGUCAAUAUAUACCUUGAUUUUGCAGAAAAAAGACCAUGUAUUUUCUUAACCGAUUUCCGAACUCUAAAUGGGUGAAUUUUGGCAAGUUAAACGCCUUUCUGUUUAUCGGUCUUUUAGCGAUGACCUCAGAACGUGACGUCACCGAGGUAAUACACCCGCUAUUUUCAUUUUCACAUUACAAACACCGGGUCUCAGCUCUGUUAUUCUCCGUUUUUUUGACUAUUUUUUGGAACCUUGGAGACAUCUUGCCUCGUCGGUGUGUUGUCGGAGGGUGUAACAAUACUAACAGGGAGGGAUUCAAGUUGCACCACUGGCAAUAAAUCUGCCGCCAGACCCCCAUUGAAUUUGCCAGAGUGUCUGCACAUUUUAUUGGCGAUGCUAAGACAGACAUGGCACAGAGAUGUAUGGAUAACCUACAGAUGCAUUUGCAAUGAUUAAGUCAACGAAAUCACAAAGGUGAAUUUUGUUGAUGUUGUUGACUUAUGUGAUAAUCAGACAUAUUUGGUCGCGGCAUGACUGCCAGCUAAUCGAUGCUAACAUGCUACGCUAAUCGAUGCUAACAUGCUAUUUACGCUAGCUGUAUGUACAUUUGAAACUAGAUACUCACAUUUAAUGCGAAACAAACACUUACCAAUCGGCGGAUUUAAGUUCCUCCAGUGUCACAAGAUGCAAAAGUCCUGAUCGUUUGGUCCGCACAUUUUACCGGCGAUGCUAAUAAGGCAGCCAUGCUAUGGGCCACUUCAUUAGGUACACCCAUGCUAUGGCCGAAUAGUGUCAAUAGCUUCAAUUUCUUCUUCAAUUUCGUUUUCGCUAUCUGCCUCCAUACUCCGACUAACUGUUUCAAUACAUGAGUAAUCUGUUGAAUCGCUUAAACCGCUGAAAUCCGAGUCUGAAUCCGAGCUAAUGUCGCUAUAUCUUGCUGUGGUAACCGCCAUGUUGUUUGUUUCGGCAGCCCUGUAUGACGUCACAGGGAAAUGGACAGUUGCAUCGCAAAUAGCGAAAAUCAAGAACUUUAAAGCUUUUUUUAGGGAUAUUCCGAGAGGUGUAAAAUGUUGAAAAACACUUCGAAAAAUAAAACAAGCCACUCGGAACUGAUUUUUAUGUUUUUAACCCUUUUGAAAUCGUGAUAAUGUUCCCCUUUAAACACUGGCUUUACAUAUACUAUCAAUAAAUUCAACAAACGAGACAGAACAAUGUGACCAAACCGGAAAAAGAAAUAUGUUCCCCUCCAAUUGACAUGGGUUUUGAAACAAAAAUCAAGUUAAUAUAUACUUGCAGGAAUUAACCAAAGAAAACACAUUUCUAAUCACAUUAUAUGUAAAUAUGAACUUAUAUUUAUACAUUGUAUUUAUUUACUCCAACCAAAAAUGAAAUAAUACAACAUAUAUACAAUGUGCUUCUGUCAGCAGCGACACUUUUCCUAACUAAUAGUUUCCCGCUUGUCUCCAACCCUUCCCCCACGCAUUCCUGAGCUAAGAUAAAAGCUGUGUUCCUCUCCGACACUCUCCUGUGAACAGACGGCAUUUGUCUUUUGAGGCCUCCAAUAAUUACUCCAAAAAAAAGGUAUUCUCUGAACAGUUGUUAUUAAAUAGAUAAUUACAUUGUAAAACAACAGAAACUUAACUUUUGCCUGUCCUUAUGUCCCUGCAAGAUGAUGUUACGUUUUGGACGCAUGGCUGCAAUGGUUGUGUUCUCUCAGAUGCAGAAUUUUACACCAGUAAAAGCAGCAAACCAGCAAACCAGUAAUUAUAGUCUGCAAAUUGUGUUGCUGUUGAAUGAUAUUUAUCUGAUUUAAAGUCAAAUACAGUUUAUAUACUUCUUUGUCUAUCUUUGUUGGCCCUGCGAUGAGGUGGCGACUUGUCCAGGGUGUACGGCGCCUUCCGCCCAAAUGCAGCUGAGAUAGGUUCUAGCACCCCCCACGACCCCGAAAGGGACACGCGGUAGAUACAUAAUUUGUUGCCGUGCUUUUUUGUGUAGACACCAUGAAAACAUGCAUUUAGAAUGAAUCGUUCAUGAUUUGCCCAUCUCUAUGACUCGUUGGCCCCGCCCCUAAGUGACGCAUGCAUGGAGGAUAUGCGCAUUGCAGCAAAGUCCUCCUUUACUCCACACACGCUUCUAAGCCUCGGCACAUCUACUAACUACACUUUAUUCAUCCUCCGUGUCAGGAUAAACUCCACUCGUCUCUGUCUACUUUGGAGAUUACUAGGCCCGCUUAGCUUGCUAGUUGUUUUACUGCGCCAGUUAGCUUAGCAUGCUAGUUAGCUUAGCCUGUUAGCAGCUAACAAAGAGACGCGGAUUUGAUCAACACGUCGCUUAGUUAAGAUCAAGUGUGAGUGUAAAGUGUUGUGAUUGCGUGAAAAUGUGCGAAAGAACAAUAGCCGAGUACGAAGAGGAACUUUCUCGGACAAAAGAAGAGAACAAGAGACUACGUCAACUACUGAACGCUGUUUUCAAGAAACCUCAAGUUGUGUUACACAGAACAGAUGUCUGUAAAAAACAUCUUCUGCCUGAGCAACAGAAUUGGAAUUUCAGGAUGGAGCCACAGCCCUCCCACAGUAAAACAGAAGAGGACUACCCACUGAUCCCCCAUUUUAAAGAGAAACAGGAUGACCCACAGGCCACUCACAUCAAACAGGAAGAGGAGGACCCACUGAGCCCCCAUUUUAAAAAAGAAGAGGAGGACCCACUGACACCCUGUUUUAAAGAGGAAGCAGUGGAUCAACUGAGCCCUCACAUUAAGGAGGAAGAAGAGGAUCCACUGAGCCCUCACAUUAAAGAGGAAGACCCACUGAGCCCUCACAUUAAAGAGGAAAAGGAGGACCCGCUGACCCCUCACAUUAAAGAGGAAGAGGAGGAACACAGCAUCAGUCAGCAGGGAGAGCAUCUUGAAGGACUGGAGGAGGUUGAUGUCACCAAGAUGCCAGUGACUGGUGUCCCUGUGAAGAGUGAAGAUGAUGAGGUCAAAGGUGAAAGUGAGGAGAGGGGAGGGGCGGAGCCUCCAAGCAGCAGCUCAACACAACACAUGACAACAGAAGCUGAUGGAGACCACUGUGGAGGAUCACAAGCAGACAAGCUCUUAGCUCCACUAUCAGAUAGUGAGGACACAACGUCACACUCUCCUGACACUGAUGAUGAAGACUCUAAAGAUGAUAAGACAUGUCACACUGACAAAACACACUUGAAAUGUUCUCACUGUGACAAAACUUUUAAAUCUUCUUAUAAUUUGAAAGUACACAUGAGAACUCACACUGGAGAAAAACCUUUUUCAUGUUCAAUCUGCGGUAAAGAUUUUACUCAAAAGCACAAUUUCAAAGCACACAUGAGAAUACACACUGGAGAAAAACCUUUUUCAUGUUCAAUCUGUGGUAAAAAUUUUACUCAUAGGAAAAAUUUGAAAACACAUAUGACAAUACACACUGGAGAAAAACCUUUUUCAUGUUCAAUCUGCGGUAAAGGUUUAACUCAUAGGCAACAUUUGAAAGUACACAUGAGAAUACACACUGGAGAAAAACCUUUUUCCUGCUCAGAAUGUGGUAAAACUUUUGUAUUGAAUGAAAAUUUAAAAGUACACAUGAGAACACACACUGGAGAAAAGCCUUUUUCAUGUUCAAUCUGUGGUAAAGAUUUUACUCAAAAGCCCCAUUUCAAAGCCCACAUGAGAAUACACAAGUUUUGUAAUAAAUGAAAGUUUAAAAGUACACAUGAGAACACAAACUGGUGAAAAACCUUUUAUAUGUUCAGUAUGUGAUAAAAGUUAUAUAGAAAAACAAAAAUUAAAAUUACACGAGAGAACGCACUCUGGGGAAAAUUAUUUUUCCUGUUCAAGCUGCAACAAAAGCUUUCGUCACCGACAAUCUUUUACAGUACACAUGAGAACACACCCAGGAGAGAAAGUGUUGAGUUGCAGUGUGUGUGGUGAAAGAUUCUCUUAUAAGUACCAGUGUAAGAAAAACAAGUGUGCUGGUCAGAACAGCAGCAGCAAAUGAAGAUGCAGGAUUUGAAAUAAACUGUCAAAACUUUAACUUUGCCUUUCUAACAUCAGCAUUUAUAACAUACUGUAUGUGACAUCAUUGUUGUGUGUGUAACACCAUCUUUUUAAUAUGAUUCUAACAUUUAUAGAUUAGACACUUCAGAUUAGUGCUUUUAUUUAAGUCAAGUACAUGAGUUAAUAUACACAUUUGUGUACUUUAAAAUGAACAGAAACAUUUGACUGAUAAUGUGAGAAUAAAUAAAAUAAACAUAUGUUACAUAACAUAAACAUUUAAUGUGUAAAUAUUCAUAAUUCACUUGUAUACUUAUUCAUAAUAGUGUUUUAUAUAUGUUUUUUGAAAGAUAGAUGGAUAGAUAGAUGGGUGGAUGGAUGGAUGGAUGGAUGGAUGGAUGGAUGGAUGGAUGGAUGGAUGGAUGGAUGGAUAGAUAGAUAGAUAGAUAGAUAGAUAGAUAGAUAGAUAGAUAGAUAGAUAGAUAGAUAGAUAGAUAGAUAGAUAGAUAGAUGGAUAGAUAGAUAGUACUUUAUUUAUUCCGUCAGGAGAGUUCCUUCAGGAAAAUAAAAUUUUCAGCAAAAUCCCAUUCAAGAUCAGACAAACAUUACAGAGAGACAGAACAGGAUCGCUGACGGGUCUGCCGGCUUCCAGCCCCCCUUGCAAAAAAGAUGAGAUACUGGUAGCAUAUUAUUAUUUACUUUAUACGUCAUUUGAGCAGUUGUCUUUUAUACAAUAUCAUUUACUUUUAAGAUGUGUGACUUUAUUAAUCAUUUGUUGGGUCUCUAUAAUCCAUUAUUUUAAUUAUCUUUAUUACUCUCUUGUGUAAUAUGAAUAUUGUUUUGUGAUUGUUUUAUAUGUAUGUCCCCAGACCUUUAUGCAAUAAAGAAUGUAUGCUUCAACUAAAGUUGGGUACAAUAAUUGUCGUUAAUAUUUGUAAGUAUGUAUUUUAUUCAAUUGUGUAUUGCAUUCCAUUUGUUAAUGUUUUCUUUAUAUGACUUACAUGUAGUGUCCAGCUUACUUCAUCAUCUAUUUAACUCCUAAAAAUGUGAUUACCUUUAUUCCUUUAAUUUCAAUAUUAUCCAUCAUAAUUUGUGUUUUACAUUUUUA